UUUCAGUGUCUGAAGCGCUCGCGUUCCAUUCACAUCUACGCGCUUAUUACUAAGCGGGGGGAGUGUGAAUCGGGGUACAUUAUAGCCAUAUUCCUAAGUGAAUGUUAAGUCUCACCCCCAUCGACCGGAAUUAAUCACGGCUGGUGAAGUCAACGGUGCGAUAUACGUUUGGCGAAGAGGUGAUCGGCUAAAAAGCCAGCUGAGACUGAAAGUGGAAAGCAAAACUACUUAAGAACAACCUGAGCACCUGCAUAUCAUACAGAAGCAAAGUAUCGGGGACAUGUGGAUGUUACAGCCACCGGACUGCAUUCUGUUUUAGUUGAAGAAAGAAUCACCGCAGUAGAUUUAGAGAAAAAAAUAAACCAACGCAGGGAAUAAACAUGUCCAGAAGGAAGCAGAGCAAACCGCGGCAGAUCAAACGUUCCUUAGGCCCUUUAGAGGAGGGUGAGGACAGCCUUCUUGAUGAGCACAGCUUCUCAGAAGAGGAAGGUGGGACCUCAGACCAGGAAGGCUCUUUAGAAUGUGAUAGUUCCAGUCCUUCUUUUGCACCCUUGAACAAUGAAGGUAUUUCAGACAUAACUGCUGCUGAACAUUCUAUGUUGUCACCUACAUCACCUACACAUAUGGAAGAUGAGGAUCCUAUGGAGAGGCAUCAGGAAGAAAAGGAAAACUGGAAUGGGCCAGGUGAAUUGGAGUUGUGCAUCAGUGAAGGCAAGAUGAAAGUCCGAGCCAGGCAGAGUAUUAUGCCAGAAACCUCUUGGGGACCAUACAAAGGGAAGAUUGAGGUUGAAUCCAUGGCACUGGAUGGAGUAGCAGAGCAACAGCCUAUUGCCUCCCUUGAUACUGAAGAUCAGAAUUGCUGGCUUGUCAAUCUUUCCAUCUCUUCUGAUAAAAAUGCCACAAAUUCAAUCAUUUACAGCAAAGGUGAAGAAUUGUAUUGUAAGACAACACUUGUUAUUUGCAAAGGAGAUUUUUUGAUUGCUGGUCUUGCAGCUGAUCAAGAGGUUGACCUCAAAACCUGCAUAAAGACAGAGCCGAUCUAUCCAGAGAACUUGCCGGCUGACAUUCAGCUCCUUCCACAGCAGGCUGGAAUGGCAGCUAUCUUGGCAACAGCUGUUGUGAACAAAGACAUUUUCCCAUGCAAAGACUGUGGAAUAUGGUACCGCAGUGAGAGAAACCUCCAGGCUCACCUCAUGUAUUACUGUGCCAGUCGGCAAAAGCAGCAGUCAUCCCCUUCUCAGGAAAAAUCUAAAGACGUCCACCCAAAUGAGCGCGUCUGCCCUUUCCCACACUGCAACAAAAGUUGUCCUAGCGCCAGUUCUCUUGAAAUUCAUAUGCGAACUCACAGCGGUGAGAGGCCAUUUGUCUGUCUUAUUUGCUUGUCUGCAUUUACUACAAAAGCCAACUGUGAGCGACAUCUGAAAGUUCAUACAGACACACUCAAUGGAAUAUGUCAUGGCUGUGGAUUUAUCUCCACCACUAGAGAUAUUUUAUAUAGUCAUCUUGUUACCAACCAUAUGGUGUGUCAGCCAGGGUCAAAAAGUGAAGUGUAUUCCCCAGGAUCAGGCCUUCCUGCUUUACCUUUCAGCAGAAAUGUGAACUGUGCAGAUCCUGGACAAACACUAAAGUGCCCACUGUGUGGAUUCUUGGCCGACUCUGUAUCCAGUUUUCAGCAGCAUACCCUGGCUCAUGUGGAAGCUUCGGUAAAGACGGAACAAAGUCCUACCAGGAUACAGUCUUCCUGUGAUCUUAGCAAAGAGCUUGAAGAAAAACAGGGGCCUUCUCCGUUGCUCUUACCUCAGCCCUCUGUGAGUCCAGAGGCAAAUCAGCAUACUGUGAUUACAACAGAAGAUAGCAGUCCUGAAGCUCCUUUACUUGUGAAGAUAAAAGAGGAACCCAAGUCUGCUGCAAACUCUGAAUCAGAAAAUGAACUUGAGGAUCAGUUUGUCUGUCAAGACGGAGAAGUAAAUCAACCAUGUGACCAUUUGUCUAGAAGCACCAGUCCUAAAAGAUCUGACGUGGUAAAGGUCAAAACAGAACUCUCUAGUCCUACACCAGGCUCUAGUCCUGUACAUUUUGGAACAGGCACUAUGGUUCAAGGAGGAACUGUAUUUCUACCCCAAUAUAUGUUUAGCCCUGAGGCCUCUAUUGUACCCCAGGCUUCAGAGAUUCUUGCUAAAAUGUCUGAAAUGGUGCACAGUAGGUUGAAACAAGGUCAAGGUGCUGCCCCCACUUUUUACCCCGGUUCUCCCAUCCAGAAAGGAGCCACCUGCUUUGAGUGUGACAUUACAUUUAUCAACAUUAACAAUUAUUAUGUGCACAAGAGGCUUUACUGCUCAAGCCGGCACCAUCAAGGUGAUACUCCUUUAAAUAUAUCACUGAAAGACAAUGUGAAUGCAUUGACCACUACAGCUCACAGCUCGCAGUCUACUCCUGGACUUCAGGGUCCAUCGACUUCCCAAAAUAACACAGAAGCAGAGGCAACUUUUGGGGCGGAUGUCAAGGUGGUUGAAGUGAAGAGUGAUGAGCCUGGUUUGAAAGAUGCAUCUUCUGAAGGAGAAAAUGGAAGUAGAGCGAGUGAGGGGAGCCAAAGUCCUAGUAAUUCUCUAGAGGAAUUGGAUGAGGAUCCUACUAAAACAUUUUGUGAAGCCUGCAAUAUUCGGUUUAGUCGUCAUGAUAACUACAUGGUUCACAAACGCUACUACUGUGCUACAAGACAUGACCCACCUCACCAAAGGCAGAGACUAGGAAAGGUGACUUUACUUCCUCAGCCAGUACGUACCCGAAAACGCAGAAAAAUGUAUGAAAUUCAUAUGGCCCAACAUGAAGCCCUUGCCAGCCUAUCUGCCCUGACAGAAAUAAAACAGGAAGGAGGAGCCAUCACUGGAAGGCUACAAGAUUCUCCGUCUGUUUCCAUCAGUCAUAUAAAAAUAGUGAGAAAAAGCUCUGCUUCAUCUCCCAGCUCUAGUCCUGAUUGUGAUGCUCCUAUUGAUCUUAGCAAGAAGCCUCGUCUGAAAGAGGAGCAAGUGUUGACCCCCUUGCUAUCUCUGGCCGAUUACCAUAAGUGCACACCUUGUGGAAUAAGCUUCAACAGUGUGGAAAACUACUUAGCACAUAAAAAGUACUACUGCCCGGCUACCCCACUGCAACAAAAAACCAUUGAGCAGCUUCAGAAAGUGAAAAGGCCUGCGUCAAGUUCCCCAAAAAGCAGAGCCUCGGAGAAUAAAGAAUUAAAUGUGGAGCAGAUGGAAGUCAAAGGAAUAAAACUUGAAAAAAACUCUUCAGGAAAUGCCAUUCCAGUUACUGGUUGCACUAACACUACUGCUUUGUCAGGCUCUCAUUUACCCAGCCCAGAAAGUAACUCUACACACCAGCUUCCUAACAUCAAGGCUACACAGGUGCCAGGGAACUCAGUUGUGUGCCCCUAUUGUCCUCUCAAUGGGGUAAUCAAAGGAGACUUGAUGGAGCAUUUCAGAAGUGUACACGGUCUUCUAUUGACCAUGCAGGCUAUUGGUCCCACCGCACAGAACAACCAUUUGAAGGGCACGUUAAACCCAAGCAAAUCCCAGGAAAGCUCCAGCAGCUCAAGUCUGAGCCCCAGGGUGACGCCAACAUCACCCACGACUACAAGUGUCAAGAAUCCACCACACAAACUCAAUGGCAAAGAACAAAAGGAUACCGCGUCACCCACUGCAUCUCCUCUUUGUAAUGGGAGCCCACAAAGACUAAAUACUUCACCCAAACUGGCGCUACCUGUCUCGCCUGCUGCUCCAUUUAACAUUUCACCAGUGCCUGAAAACUUCAAAGAGACUGGACUCCAAUCACUCACGCCACCUCUCCUUGCAGAUAAGUCGAACCCGUCCCCUAAAGUGACAGCCAAUCCCAUGCAGAAUGGAAACAGCAGGUUCUGCCGCCUGUGCAACAUUAAGUUCAGCAGUCUUUCCACCUUUAUAGCCCAUAAGAAGUAUUACUGCUCAUCUCACAGUGCAGAGCAUGUGAAAUAAGCUGGCUUCUUCUCCUAGAAGUUUUUGUUGCAUUCACAAAAGUUGACUUUUGUAUUGAAAUUCAUCAAAGACUGUUUGGAACUGUGUACAUUUCUUUCAUCUCAUAUGAACUAAAUCUUUUUGUUAUUUAUCCUGACUUUUGCAAUCUAAUACAGCACAGUAUGUGUGUGUGCUAAAAACGGCACAUACAGAUUCUGUGUCUUUUUACAGACUGUUACUUGUUUCAUCAUGGGCUCCAUCUUUAUUUUUGUUCUCCUCUACAAGCCUGCAUUGUUACUAAAGUAACCUUCAGUUUAAUGGAUCUCACUGUUUAAAAACUGCACUAAUUGCUCGUACAUUCAAGUAUGGCACUGUGCGAAAUUUUAUUUUCGAGAGGUAUAAGUGUGUUGACAUUAUGGCUUGCCAGCAUCAUCUAAGCCUGACAUUUGUAAGCCUGCCACAGCCUUUGUUUUUAGUUCUUUAUUCGUUAAGUUUUAUGAUGUGUUCCACCCAUUUAAAACAAAAAAAAAAAAAGAGUAAUUGUGCUGUUUAUUCUGGUGGCCUAACUACCCCCCAAACCAAGAACAGAAAUUGGUUUUGGUUGGGUCUUUGCUUCUUUUUUAUGUGAUUCAACCUUAAGAAAGAUGUUAUGAAAAUGAUAGAAUACUGUAUUGUAAUUAAUAAAAAAAAAAUACCCAGUCACAUAAAUGUUAAAUUGAAACUUGUAUCACCACUAAUAAAGUACAAAAAAAAAAAA